CCUGUAACGCACAUGAAAGCUUUGGGUAAUCUUAGCUGCUGGCCCUUUAAAAAUCUAUAAAUACAGGAACUACAGUAAACACUACCGGGUUGCGGGUUGAUAGGGAAGAUUUUAUAAAAAGGAAGACUACCUAAUGUAUAAAACGCUUGCUACCCAAGAAAGGCACGUAUUAUCCCAUACAAGGAUAUUGUAUUAGUCAAUAAAAGUAAAUUGAAAAUAUCUGUAGCUGGGUAAAGCUUUAAGGUCUAUCUGGAAAUCUGCACAUCGACAUUAGACCAAGAUUCCAUGCGGACUUUUAAACGGAUUUGAGUCCUCUCGCUUUUUCGCCUUGCUGUUCUUGGUUCUAGAACCGAUAGUUGUAACAUCAUAAUGUUACUACUGUCCAGAGUUGUACGCCUGCUCCGAAGAGAGAGAACCAUGCUCCAUGAUCAGUGUAUUUCCGCGAACAUGUCGUCUGCCUCAUCAAGUAAGAGGCUCCGGGUGCUCGUGGACAUGGACGGGGUCAUCGCUGACUUCGAAGGGGGAUUCCUGAAGAAUUACCGCGCAAGGUACCCCAACGAUCCAUUCAUAACCUUGGAAGACAGGCGGGGGUUCUGGGUGUCAUCACAGUAUGGACAGCUGCGGAGUGACUUGUGUGAGAAAGCCAUCAGUAUCUGGGAGUCAAAGGACUUCUUUAUCAACCUGGAACCACUCCCUGGGGGACUGAAGGCUGUCAAGGAGAUGGCCUCGCUGGACAACACAGAUGUCUUCAUAUGCACCAGCCCUAUCAAGCAUUACAAACACUGCCCAUAUGAGAAGUAUGCUUGGGUAGAAAAACACCUGGGCCAUGAAUUCCUGGAGCAGAUCAUUCUGACCAGAGACAAAACAGUGGUGUCAGGAGACAUCCUAAUAGACGACAAGCCAGACAUCCUUGGAGUAGAGCCUAACCCUGCCUGGGAGCACAUCCUGUUUACCGUCUGCCACAACAAGCACCUGCCCCCCAGCCCUACCCAGCGACGCCUGAUGUCCUGGUCCCAUGACUGGAGGGCCAUCCUGGACAGCAAGAGGCAGUGAACUCAGCAGUAUCCUCACAGCAGGGACCACCCUGAAGAGCCACACCGCACUGGGAUCAUGAGUCCAAAAGUGAAGACCACAGUGAAGACCACCAUAUGUGUUUCCCGUUGUACCUCUAGAUGGUGCUCUAAGACUUACAUCGAAAGCGCUCUAAGAUUCUCAAGAAUUUCAAUCUGAACCAGGGAUGAAUCUUAUUUAUGUUUGAUUUUUAUGACAACUUGCUCAAAUGUUCUUGGUUCUUGUGUACAUGUUUGAUUUACACAUUUCCCUUUGGAUCAUCUUUACAUGCAUGCUCAUGCAAUUGCUGUCCCUAUCACAGCAUGGCCACACUGUAUACACAGAGAACAACGAUCACAGAAGAGAUCAGAUUUACAGGUUUCAGUGCACUAACAAAAGAGGGACUCCCAACUGUAAAUAAUCCUCUGUCAUUGGUCACAGAGAUCCACCAGUGUGCCAACAGUAUAUACCUUUGUUUGUGUUCCUCUCAACUUAGGUUAGGUUGAUGUUUUUAACGGUUGGCUGGACUAUGAGAGUGGACAGAGACCGGGGGAUUUCCAUGCUACAAAUUGACAAAAAGUUUUUAUUUUGAUCAUGUGUAAUCAGUUGCUACAAAUUGCAUGUCGGUACAAAUUAUAAUGUAGGAGGUGUGGUUUUAUAACUAAGGAUGGAAAGCAUGGAAAUGGACGUCUCAUCUUUUUACUUCUGUAAUAAGGAGUUAUUAAGAGUGACAAGAUGUUCAAGAUGAUACAGCUCACUAUUAUAUUUGGAUAAAUAGAAAGAUAUUAAUACAAUUGAAAUACAAUUAUGUUUAUUUUUAGAGUAUGUUAGAAUAUAUAUAUUCUAGCAAUAAUAACCCAGUUUUUUGUUUCAUUUUUUCAUAUUAACAUUUAACCAAGGUAGAAGUUAUGUUUACAUCCUGACUCCAUGUGUCAGCUGUGUGAGACUAGAUAAUUGUUGACCUUGAGAAAAAGUUGAAGAAUCAUUCUUCUCCCUGAAGUGUAUUGAAGCUUCUAUAUAGGGAAUAUGUCUUACCAUGUAAACACAAGCAAAACCUGAACCUGGUGCUAAUAUACUGUCCACUUAGUUAGACCCAGUUAGUGACCCCAACCCUGAAAAAUGUUGUCCUAUAUUCUUCAAUAAAGGCACAUACACCUUGUUACCUUGAUGUAGGUACUGAGUGAUACAGCUGUUUAUCACUAACCAUUAUACUUAAGGGAUGGGUCUUUUUGGUAAGGAGACAGAGCUGUAUACGCUUGUUGGGAUGUGCUUCAUCUAAGUAGUGUGAGUCCUGAGAUCUUGUCCUCAUUAUGACUAUGUUUGUCAAGGUGAGUUUAGCAACCGCAUAAUAUCACUCUUCUUACAUGUCGGCCAUCUUGUCAACGAAUGUCUCUUGUUCUUGGUGCUGAACAAGUAUCUGUCAGUGGUUGUUUUUUCAUCAGAAAUUUUAAAAGAAUAAUUAAUAAAAGAUUAAUUCAUUUUUGUG